AUGCUGAGAGGGAAUAUACUGUUGGUGAUGCUGAGAGGGAACAUACUGUUGAGGGGACAUACUGUUGGUGAUGCUGAGAGGGAACAUACUGUUGGUGAUGCUGAGAGGGAACAUACUGUUGGUGAGGCUGAGAGGGAACAUACUGUUGGUGAGGCUGAGAGGGAACAUACUGUUGGUGAGGCUGAGAGGGAGCAUACUGUUGGUGAGGCUGAGAGGGAGCAUACUGUUGGUGAGGCUGAGAGGGAGCAUACUGUUGGUGAGACUGGGGGCCUUUGUGCCUGGCUGGCAGUGCUGGCGGGGUCGAGUCCCCAAGAGGCCAUCGAUGAUGUUUUCUCCCUUUCUCAUGGUGCUUCUUUCCCCCCGUCUGCAUUCAGGGCCAAGUCGACUGACGAGGCUCUGGCGGCCUCCUUUGGCGCCACCUUCUUCCCCGCGCUCUUCCUGCACAAGGCGGACGGCACCAGGCAGCUCUACGACGGCCCACUCAAGCCCGAGCCAAUCGCGGCCUUCCUCGAGCAGUUCGCCGCCCCGGCCGAGCCCGUCGCUGACUCAGCAACAGCUGGCGAGGCGGAGGCGGGCAGGGCAGGGUCGGCGGGGGAGGAGGGGCUAUCGCGGUGGGUUCGGCAGAUGAGGGGCGCGAAUUUCAGCAGCCAGGUGCUGCAGCGCGAGGAGAUGUGGAUGGUUGCACUCGCCUCCUCGUCUGAGGAGUGCAGGGAGGUGAAGGAGGAGUUUGAGAAGACAGCAGAGGAGAUUGUGGGCAUGUGCCUCUACUUCCCUGCUAAUAACUUUGCAGGAUUCUCGUGGCAGUGUAGAGUAGUCGCAUGUGCUUGUAUCU